AUGAGUGGGCUCGGAGUUUCUGCAGCGGCAGGCACUGGGGGAGGAGCCGGUGUCGGCGGUGCAGGAGACCAGGGGGGAUCAGCGGCUGCAGCUAUGGAGACUAGUGCACUAGCUACUGUCGCUGAUAUUACUGAGCAGUUUCGGCGUACUCACACUUCUGGAGGCGGGGCAGCAGCCACAGGUGCAGCAGGUGCAGGGGCUGGGGCUGCCACGGACCCUGCUCUACUUUCCAGGGUGGCGGAGAUUAGGGACGCCAUCCAGGCAGAGACGGUACCACCAGAGUUUACAGCGCUCAUAGAGACAGAGUUCGCUGUACUAGCAGCUGACUUGCGAGCCGUCGUUAAGACCGAGAGGGGUCUGGCGAAGACUCGCAAGCAGUUUUCUGAGGGACAGGUGGCGCACUGCAUCCCGAAGAACUUUGUACCUGAGCUCCACCUCCACACUACAGAGGCACAGGAGCAGCUUCGGACUAGGAUGCAGGAGCUUCAGCAGCACGCGCAGGGACAGAUGCAGCUGAUUCUCAUCAGCGGCCAGGUGGAGGACUUGCAGCAACUUCAGAGUCGGGUCUCCACCUGGCGUGACAGGCUUCUCGUGACGAUAGACGACCGACUUGCGAGAGCCCGUGAUGUGGGGUUCCUUGCGCAGCAGUUUGCAGCAGAGCCGGCACGCUCUGCUAUCUGGCAGAGCAUCCAGACGCUGAGGCGGGUGGAGCAGCAGCAGCGUCAGAGAGAGCGACGUCAGGAGCGGCGUGAGCAGGCAGAGGCGACGCCUGUAGACCAGACCAUGGGAGAGUUUGUCCCCAGGGAGGUCGAGAGGCAGGUGGGCGCGUGGCAGGACGAGGCCCGGGAGCAGCUUCGUCGCAUCCUCGAGCGACUUGACCGGUCCCUCGUACCUUCCCUUUUUUGGCGCACCUGCGCAGCAGCAGUUCUACCAGCAGCCUUUUUUGGGGCCUUCCUUCCAGCAGCAGCAGUUUGGAGCACCCCUCCGGCAGCAGCAGUUUGGAGCACCUCCUCCGACCCCCCCACAGCCCCCCCUGCCACAGCAGCCUCCACAGGGUCAGGGGGAACAGCAGGGGCAGGCGAGACAGUAGAGGGAGUCGUGGGGGAGGAGGUCGGUCGUAGAAGGAGGAGUAGGCCACGUAGGAGGCUGGAGGAGAGUGACACCGACCGUCUUUUGAGACUGUUUGCUAGGCGCUCUGUGCAGGAGGUGGCGGACAAGCUAACUAACGUGGCUGUCCACAACCUCUCGCACAGGCAGUUGUCAGAGGAUGAGCUUGCAGGCCUCGCCCUUGGCCUCAAGUUCAUCCCGACACCACCCUCUUUAGACCAGGAGCAGCUGAGACAGGCGGUGGAGCGGUUUCAGAGGAGGGUCACGUUAGCUUGGCAGUUCCGGGACAGUCGCAGACCAGCACCCAGGUUCAGAGUCCCACGUCCCAGCUGGCAGCAGAGUUCGGGACCAGAGGAGGUUGAAGAGUACCUGGCCGGGGUAGCUGACAAGGUAGAGGGUUUGUCGGGGCUGAUAGGGGGGCCAGCGCAGCCCAACGUGAGCAGGAGGGUGUUGGGCGCGCUGCAGAGGUUGAGUCGGGACAGGUCUAUAGUUAUUAAACCGGCCGACAAAAACCUUGGGAUUGCGGUGUUAGACAGGGAGUGGUACGAGGGGGAGGCGCUGAGGCAGCUGGGGGACAGGGCGGUUUACGAGCCGGUGGCUAUGGUGCCAUUGCAGGGACUUUGGGGGCAGUUGUGUCGGUGGGCAGAGCAGGCACGCCUGGCAGGGUUGCCGCCGCAAAUGUUAGACUUUAUCCUGCAGCCGCGCACUCCGUGUUUGGAGCGGGCUACCAGAGCUUGGGAGCGGUUUCGGGUGUGCAGGUUCUACCUGCUACCGAAGCUGCACAAGACUCCAGUAGCCGGCAGGCCUAUCUGCUCGUCCACGCUCUGGGUUUUUGAGCAUGCAUCGGCAGUCUUAGACCACUAUCUCCGCCCUUUACUACGGUUUUCACCCUCGCACCUUCCAGACUCACUUGCACUUUUGCACCAGCUAGAGGACCUUCGUGUGCCAGCAGAGGCUCUCUUCCUGACCUACGACGUUGAGAGCCUCUACCCGUCGAUCCCUAUCGACGCAGGUAUCAGCUGCAUCGAGAGGUGGUUGCUUCGGUGGGCGGCACAGGGGAGGAUUUCAGGGGGGGUAGCAGACAUACUGGUGCAGCUGUUGGGGUUGGUCAUGAGGCAGAACCACCUCGAGUUUGGUGGUCGUUUCUGGCGGCAGGUUCGGGGGACUGCUAUGGGCACGCCUGUAGCAGUGAUCUACGCGGUUCUGUUCAUGGCUUGGUUAGACGAGAGGUUGCUAGAGACAGAGCCCGAGUUGUCGCAGCACGUCCUUCUCCACCGGAGGUUCAUAGACGACGGGGUGGUGGUUUGGACGGGGACACGGGAGCGGCUGCUGGAGUGGGUGGGGGCGUUUGGUGGGUUGGAGCAGACUAUUCGACUGACCCACGAGAUCUCCACCUCACAGUUCACCUUGCUCGAUAUCACGUUCAGCAAGGGAGAGCUCUGGCAGACGACGGCUAUCUUGGACACCACGACCUUCCAGAAGCCGCUCAACGUGUACCAGUACUUUCCUUUCUCCUCCGCGCACCCCUCUCACUGCAAGAGGGGCUUCAUCUUGGACGCAACCCAUGUGCUGCCGAUGGUGCACAACACCAUCUUACUGCUGCGCACACGUUACCUCGACUGCAACGACGCGACUCUUGGCCAGGGUGGAGACGCGUUGGGCCCGUUCCUCGACAAGCACGCAUCAGGGGAGUUCCGUGAGGUCCUCGUUGCUGGCACAGCUUCCGACGUCACAUCGGUCAGCCAUCGAUACCGAGUGCACGAGGAGAAAAUCAAGGGGCAGAAAAGUGGUGUGGACCACCAAGCGUGUUUGAGGCUGGCGCGCGAGUUCAUCACGACCUUGGUUGGUCGGCUCGACUACCGCCUCAAGGAUCUUUCACACCUCGACGGUGCGAAGCUGUUCAAGCAGGGAUCCAAGGUUGAAGCAUCUGUUCCACCCAACCAGAUCUCGUUCACCUUUCUAACUCAGCGCCUGCAUGAAGCAUCCAUAGUAAACGCUGACAAUCGCUACUUGCGGGACUGCCGCUGGACUGUUGGAAAGGGUUGA